AUGAGGUUCUCCUGGACUUGUCCGUUAUCGGCUUCCCUCGCCAAGUCCAUCUAUUCGUUAUCAACAUCAUCGGCCGGAGCCGCGCGAGCUGCUGCUGUCCAAGGCGGAGGCGAGUCGCGAGCCCCCAACAACAACAAUGUUCGCCACAAGGAAGUAACCGCCCGGGCGCGAUCGCGUAUCUUCCCCAACAACAAUGGCGGUCCCUUGGCCUGGUGCGUUAACUGGAAGUAA